GUUCUGUUACUCUGGUUUUAUCCCCCCGACGCCUCCUCAGCGGCGGCCGCACGCAGCGGGGGCGAACAUUCCGUCGAGCCUGGCAGUAGCUCCCGGAGGCCCCGGCGCCCCGGCAGCAUCCACCCUGUGAGCCGCUCCCGCUUCGCUGGCUUCGUCCUAGCCCGCAGCUGCGUCAAGGCAUACGAGUUGGGAGCUUACAUGGCUAUGCUGCCAAGUGAUUUGUCACAUCAUGGAAUUGUAGAAAAUAGCCCCUACAGAAUUACAAAGAGCGGGAAUAAGGAAGCUGGCAAACUUAGUGCUUCAUGGUAUUUCAGUAGAAAGGAAAUAGAAGAGAAUUCUCCGUCCAAGAGGGAUGGCAUUGAUUUAAAGAAAGAGACUUACCUUCGGAAAUCGUAUUGCACUUAUCUACAAGAUUUGGGGAUGCGGCUCAAAGUGCCACAAGUGACAAUUGCUACAUCUAUUGUGUUCUGUCACCGUUUUUACCUUCGUCAAUCUCAUGCAAAAAAUGAUAGACAAACAAUCGCUACUGUUUGCAUGUUCUUGGCUGGAAAAGUCGAAGAAACACCUAGGCCUUUGAAGGAUGUCAUCCUGGUUUCUUACGAGCUUAUUCAUAAAAAGGAUCCUGCUGCUGGUCAGAAAAUCAAGCAGAGGGAAGUAUAUGAUCAACAAAAAGAACUCAUUUUACUUGGGGAGCGAGUUGUACUUGCAACACUUGGUUUUGACCUUAAUGUGCACCAUCCUUACAAGCCCUUGGUUGAAACAAUAAAGAAAUUCAAGAUUACUCAUAAUGCGCUUCCUCAGGUUGCCUGGAAUUUUGUCAAUGAUGGGCUGCGCACUUCACUCUGUCUGCAAUUCAAGCCCCAUCAUAUUGCAGCAGGUGCUCUCUUUUUGGCUGGUAAGUUUCUCAAAGUGAAAUUUCUUCCAGAUGACGGUGAGAAGGCUUGGUAUCAGGAGUUUGAUGUGACACCAAGACAGCUGGAAGAGGUUAGCAAUCAAAUGUUAGAGCUGUAUGAGCAAAACCGUGUUGUACAGUCGCAACCAACAAAUGGGAAUGAAGCUGAAGGGAGCUCAGCUGGUGUGCCUAAUCAAAGGAUCUCCGUAAAAGCAGAAGCCAACUCGGAGGAACCUCGUGUUGUGCAUCAUCCAGCAUCCAAACAGUCAGAUUCCAAUCCCUCUACAUCAACAGGUGUUCCAAUUCACAAUGGUGCUGAGCACUCAAAGCCACACAAGCAGAUUGGUAGCCAGAAAAGUCUUCAGAGUGACAAUGGUGGCCAUGAAAACGACAAAACAAGCAGUCAGAGUGGAGGUAGAGUUGAUACUAGUACAAAGGAUGGUUUGCAUGAUGGCACAAAGUCCUUGUCGAGAAGUUCCAGGCCCAGCGACAAACCUGGUAUUCCAACAGAAGAGAAACCUCUUCCAUCGCAUGCUAGUUCGAGUGAAUUGAGAGAUGGUAAUCUCAGUAACAGUGGUGAUCCCAGUGUCUCAUCCUCCAUGAUGGAUGCCAUGAAUAAAAUUGACAAGGACAAGGUAAAGGCAGCUUUGGAGAAGCGAAGAAAAUUGAAAGGUGAUGUUGCUAGGAAGGUACAUGUGAUGGAUGAUGACGACCUACUUGAGAGGGAAUUAGAACAUGGUGUAGAGUUGGCUGUUGAGGAUGAGAAGAUCAAGCAGGAGAGGAACGAUUGUAGUAUGCAUCAAGAGGAUCACCGUAAUGCUGAUGGCGUUGCAGAAAAUGGUGACAACAAUGGUGAUCAGAAUGUUCCAGAGACUGCAAAAGAGGCUGAAGUUCUGGUGGACAUUAAAGAUGAGCAUUCUCUAACCAAGAGAAAUGAUGGUUUCGAGCACAAGCCGCAGCACCCUAGUGAUGCACCAAAGCACAGCGUGAGCCACCAUGAUGCUCAGCUUGGUGGUAGACAUGAAGAACAUAAAAUGCCUCGACCCGAAGGUUGAUGGGUCAGAAUUGAUGUAGAACCUACUUGGUAGAAUUCUCGGUACGAACAUAGGCACGUGUGACUGGAGAUGUAGCUGCUCUGGACUGUUGAUGAGACAUAUCCAGGUCUUAAUGUUUGUACCCAGAUGUUUUUGGAACCCAUCAACUGAUUGCAACGGAGAUUUGUCUGUGGGUCUCUACCAGGGCGAGUAUUUUUUUUCUUUUCUGAUAGAAGCAUCUGAUGUUUUGAUUUUAUGCGCUGUGGCAAAGUUUCUAAUUCCAGUAGCCCAAUUCUUCACUUGCGGAAUUUAAGACUUGAUUGGAUAUAAAAAGUCUCAUAAUUGUACA